GGGGCCGACCCGGGCAGUGGAGCUUGGGCCGGGGCUGAAGCCAGGGCCGGGGCUGAGGCCGGGACCAAGUUGACGCUGAGAGGGCCGGCAGGGACCCAGACCCAGACCCAGACCCAGACCCAGAUCCAGACACAGGCUGACCGAGGAAGAAGGAGGAGGAAAAGGAGGGGGAGGAGAAGCCCUCCACCUCUCCCCCGCCCCUAGCCAGGCUCCCCUCCCCCCUCCGGAGCCCCCUCCCCCACUUCAAGAUCCUCCUCUCUGCUUCUUCUUCUCCAGAGAAGCCCCUCCUCUUCAUCCCCAGCUAGGUUCUUUUCCCUCAUCGCCCCUCCCCCCAGCAGCCCCCCCCCCUUGGGAGGUCCCCCUCCCCGCCUCCCAGGCCGGGGGCAUUGUUCCCUGGGAAGGUCCAGACGGGAGGCUGGCGGGCGGGGCCAUGGGGGCCUGGCCCCCUCUGCCUCCGGGGCAGGGUCUGGGGGUCCCCCCUUGGGGCCUCUGAGCCAAGCCUGCCUCAGCCCUUCCCCCUGCCUGCGGGUGUCCCUGCCCCAGCUCCCCUUCCCCCUCCCUCCCAGGUGCUCUUCCUUUCCUAGCGCUCUCGCUCUCGGGGCUCCCGCGGCCAUGGUGGACCCCGUGGGCUUCGCCGAGGCGUGGCGGGCUCAGUUCCCGACCUCGGAACCUCCCCACAUGGAGCUGGGCUCGGUGACCGCCAUCGAACAGGAACUCCAGCGCUGCCAGGCAUCCAUCCGGAGGCUGGAGCUGGAGGUGAACCAGGAGCGAUUCCGCAUGAUCUACCUGCAAACGCUGCUGGCCAAAGAGAGGAAGAGUUACGACCGGCGGCGCUGGGGCUGCCCGGGGCCCGAGCCCCCCGACGGCGGCCAGGACCAAGGGCAAGACGACGGCGGCCAGGGCCGAGGGCAGGACGAGCCCCCGGCCGACAAGGGAGGCCGGGAGAAGCUCCCGCGGGCCCCGCAGGACUCGGAGGGCUCGCCCCAGCACCCGCGGGCCCCUCCCCGCAGCAGCAGCGGCGGCGGCGGCGGCGGCGCGGCGGCGGCGGCGGCGCGGGCAGCAGCGGCGGCGGCGGCCGUCCAGCCGCCCAGCGUGGCCGCUCUCAGGUCCACCUUCGAGAGGGCCCGCUCCGGCCCUGGGACUUGCGGGGAGGAGAAGCCCUUCUACGUGAACGUGGAGUACCACCACGAGCGGGGGUUGGUGAAGGUCAACGACAAAGAAGUCUCGGACCGGAUCAGCUGCUUGGGCAGCCAGGCCAUGCAGCAGGAACGCCAGAAGACUUCGCUGCAGGCUGCCCAGCCACCUGCCAUGGCCCUCGCAGGGUCUGCCGCCGGGCUGGCCGCCCGGGCGGGCUGCUGCGAGCCUGGAGGGGAGUAUGAGGACGCUGAGCUGAAUCCCCGCUUCCUGAGGGAUAACCUGAUCAGCGCCCGGCUGCCCGGUGACUACCAGCCCUACCAGAGCAUCUACAUCGGGGGCCUGAUGGGGGACGAGGGCCGGGGACCGGCAGCCUGGCGGGAGCAGGACAAGCCCCUCACCUGGCCUCGCAGGUCCUACUCCCCUCGGAGCUUCGAGGACAUCGGGGGCGGGUACACCCCCGACUGCAGUUCCAACGAGAACCUCACCUCCAGCGAGGAGGACUUCUCCUCCGGGCCGAGCCCCACGGCCGGCCGCUUGGACCGUGACAAGAGCCGCUCCCCUUCCCAGAACUCUCAGCAGUCCCUGGACAGCAGCAGCCCCCCAACCCCCCAGGCCCAGAAGCGGCCAAGGCCAGGCCAGGUCGUCGUGGCCGAGGCAACCAUUGUGGGGGUCCGCAGGACCGGCCAGAUCUGGCCCAGUGACGACCCGGCCAGAGGAGCCCAGGAUGGAGCUUUCCGUGGAGACCCAGACACGGCGUUCGGCACCCCGCCAGGCUACUCCUGUGACGUGGACCAUGCAGAGGAGCGGAGGCGCCAGCAGGAGCGGAUGCCCUACAUCGACGACUCCCCCUCCUCCUCCCCCCGUCUCAGCGGCCAGAGCAGGGUCAGCCGGGAGGUCCUGACCUCCGGCACGAGUGAGCUGGACUUGGAGAAGGGCCUGGAGAUGAGAAGAUGGGUCCUGUCUGCCAUCCUGGACAGCGAAAAAACCUACUUGGGCCACUUGGAGGCCCUGCUGCUGCCCAUGAAGCCUCUCAAGGCCGCAGCCACCACGUCCCAGCCGGUGCUGACGGGGCAGCAGAUCGAAACCAUUUUCUUCAAGGUCCCUGAGCUCUACGACAUCCACAAGGAAUUCUACGAUGGGUUGGGGCCCCGUGUGGAGCGCUGGAGCCAGCAGCAGCGGGUUGGCGACCUCUUCCAGAAGCUGGCCAGCCAGCUCGGAGUGUACCGCGCCUUUGUGGACAACUAUGAGGCCGCCAUAGAGAUGGCAGACAAGUGCUGCCAGGCCAACGCCCAGUUUGCCGAAAUCUCUGAGAAUCUACGAGCCAGAAGCAUGAAGGAUUCCAAGGAUCAGACAACCAAAAACUCUUUGGAAACUCUGCUCUACAAGCCUGUAGACCGAGUGACCCGCAGUACCCUGGUCCUCCAUGACUUGCUGAAGCACACCCCUCCCAGCCACCCCGACCACCCCCUGCUGCAGGACGCUCUGAGGAUCUCCCAAAACUUCCUGUCCAGCAUCAAUGAGGAGAUCACGCCCCGGAGGCAGUCCAUGACGGUCAAGAAGGGCGAGCACCGGCAGCUCUUGAAGGACAGCUUCAUGGUGGAGCUGGUGGAGGGGGUGCGCAAGCUGAGGCAUGUCUUCCUCUUCACCGACCUCUUCUUGUGUGCCAAGCUCAAGAAGCAGAUGGCCGGGAAAAACCAGCAGUAUGACUGCAAAUGGUACAUCCCCCUCACGGACCUCAGCUUCCAGACCCCCGACGAGGCCGAAGCGGUGCCCACCAUUCCCCUGGUGCCAGAUGAGGAGCUGGACGCCAUGAAGAUGAAGAUCUCUCAGAUCAAGAGUGACAUUCAGCGAGAAAAGAGGGCAAACAAAGGCAGCAGGGCCGUUGAGAGACUCAGGAAGAAGCUCUCGGAGCAGGAGUCUCUGCUCCUGCUGAUGUCCCCGAGCAUGGCAUUCAGGGUCCACAGCCGCCAUGGCAAGAGCUAUACUUUCCUCAUCUCCUCUGACUAUGAGCGCGCAGAGUGGAGGGAGAAUGUCCGCGAGCAGCAGAAGAAAUGUUUUAAGAGCUUCUCUCUGACCUCUGUGGAGAUCCAGAUGCUGACCAACUCCUGUGUCAAGCUGCAGACGGUCCACCACAUCCCUCUGACCAUCAACAAGGAGGAUGACGAAUCCGCCGGACUCUAUGGAUUCCUGAACGUCAUUGUCCAUUCAGCCACGGGAUUCAAACAGAGCUCAAAUCUCUACUGCACAUUAGAAGUGGAUUCCUUUGGGUACUUUGUGAACAAAGCCAAGACUCGGGUCUAUAGGGACACAACUGAGCCCAACUGGAAUGAGGAGUUUGAGAUCGAGCUGGAGGGCUCCCAGACCCUCCGGAUUCUGUGCUAUGAGAAAUGUCACAAGGCCAAGCUCAGCAAGGACGACGGCGAGCCCAGCGACCGCAUGAUGGGCAAAGGCCAGCUGCAGCUGGACCCCCAGGCCCUCCAGGAUAAAGACUGGCAGCGUGCCGUCAUCGUCAUGAAUGGUAUUGAGGUGAAGCUGUCCGUGAAGUUCACCAGCCGGGAAUUCAGCUUGAAAAGGAUGCCUUCCCGCAAGCAGACCGGCGUCUUCGGGGUCAAGAUUGGCGUCGUCACCAAGAGGGAGAGGUCCAAGGUGCCUUAUAUUGUGCGCCAGUGCGUGGAGGAGAUCGAGCGCCGGGGAAUGGAGGAAGUGGGCAUCUACCGCGUGUCAGGCGUGGCCACCGACAUCCAGGCCUUGAAGGCCGCCUUCGACGUCAAUAAUAAAGAUGUAUCUGUGAUGAUGAGUGAGAUGGAUGUCAAUGCGAUUGCGGGAACACUCAAGUUGUACUUCCGAGAACUGCCGGAGCCCCUCUUCACUGAUGAGCUCUACCCCAGCUUUGCAGAGGGCAUCGCACUUUCGGACCCCGUGGCCAAAGAGAGCUGCAUGUUGAACCUGCUGCUGUCCCUUCCCGAGCCCAGCCUUCUCACCUUUCUCUUCCUUCUGGACCAUUUGAAAAGGGUGGCAGAAAAAGAGACAGUCAACAAGAUGUCCCUCCACAACCUGGCCACAGUCUUUGGCCCCACCCUGCUGAGGCCUUCGGAGAAGGAAAGCAAGGUCCCCCCGACCCCGAGCCAGCCCAUCACCAUGGCCGAGAGCUGGUCCCUAGAGGUCAUGGCCCAGGUGCAGGUGCUGCUCUAUUUUCUGCAGCUGGAGACGCUCCCGGCUCCGGACACCAAGAGACAGAGCAUCCUUUUUUCUACUGAAGUCUGACUGCCGGACUCUGUGUAGCAGGAGCCUGGGAGAGUGGGCCAGAGGCCCCAGGGGCCCCGAGCAGAGCAGAGUGAGCCCCUCAGACCCUGGGCCGAAGCUCCGGCCGCCCUCCUCUUAUCCCUUGGGAAGGGUUUGAGCGCAGAGUUCAGGGACGACACCGAGGCUCGUCAGGGAGGCAGGAGGAAUGGGCGGGGAGCCCUCCACCACUGCGCUGGCCCAGGAGGACUCCUGACCCUGGACCACCCCCCAAACCCUUCACGCGCCUUCCUCUCCUGCCUCCUCUUUGGGCUGUCUGGGACCUGGCGGAGGGCCAGGCGGCCGAGGGUCCCGCCAGCACCCCUCGCUCUUACUGUGGCCCCGUCACGUGCGCAUCUCCUGGCCUUCUUUGCCACAACCAGGCUUCUCCUUCCUUAGUCACUGCUGCUAGCACCGCUACCGUGACCAGUGCGCCCGCUUGCUGACUAACUCGUGUUCUCACCCUGUGUCUGAAGAGAGUCCGAUACUUGAAUCUCCAGUCCAGGGAGGGGGCAGCCUGAAGGCAGCCUCUGGCCUCCCAUUCCUUUCUGGGCACUGUGGCUCCUGGCGGCACCCCGCCCUCGCCCGCCCCCACCCACCCUCGCCUCCACCUGGCUCCUGGCGGCAGCCACACCCUCGCCUGCCCUCCACAUGUGUGCGGUCCGGGCCUUCAUCCUCAUUCCCAUCUCCUUUGGCGGCUUGUAGAAAGCAGGCAGUGCCCCGCCUGUGCCCAUUCCUGCCCUACUUUGUUCUUAUUUAUAUAGGACGUGGAAUGUUGACUAUUAAACCACAGAUUUUAUUGUG